AUGACGCAGGUAGUAGUGAUGAUGAAGUUGAAAGUGGAUCUAAACUGUUCCAAAUGCUAUAAAAAGGUUAAGAAAGCUCUCCGCAAAUUCCCUCAAAUAACAGACGAAUUGUUUGAUGAGAAGUCGAACACGAUCAUCAUCAAAGUGGUUUGUUAUGAUCCUGAGAGGCUAAUGAACAAACUUUGCUACAAAGGAGACGGUUCUAUCAAGUCCAUCGUGAUCCUUGAGCCACCCAAACCACCUCAACCCCAGCCUCAACCUCCUCAGAAGCUCAAAGAGGCUCUGGCUCCAGCUCCAGCUCCAGCUCCAGCCCCAGCUCCAGCUCCAGUUCCGGCUCCUGUUUUUGUUUCGGCUCCGGCUCCUCAACCGAUGCCGAUGUGGCAGCCGUAUCAUUGUGGGCCGUAUUACGAGGCCCAACAACACCAAUGUUACGGAAGGCCCGUCUACGAGAGCUGGGGAGGUGGACGACAUUGUUGCCACGAAGACAUGAACUCUCAAGGAUGCUCCAUCAUGUGAAACGCUUGAAUUGAAUCCAAGUCUCAUACUUCUAUAGACUAUAGUAGUAUAUACUAUAUACUGUACCAACAAAAAAAUUCACGAAGCUAUUUUUAAUUUUCUUCGUCUUAUAGUAAUAUUUCUAUGUCGAGGUAUCCUUUAAUUAUGUCCAAUUUUACACACACUAUAGGGUAUUGUGAUCUUGUGUAUAUUGCGCUUUACUUUCUCUUCUUGUGUUGUUAGAUAUACAAAUAGUCUGAUAGAGGUUUUUUUGGCAUUAAUAUAUAGUUUCUGUUACAAAAAUAGCAUUAGUACAAGUUAAAGAAUUGAAAGGUAGUAGUACAUGUGAGUGUUAAUAUGUAAUGUUGUUGCUAUAGCAUUGUGAGAGAAAGAAGUUUGUUGCGCAUGAAUAAAAUGAUAAAACUAUAUGUUUAA